AUGGAGAUGAACACCGGCAACAAGGCCGAGUACGCGAAGCUGAAGCAGCUUCUGGGGGGUGACGUUGAGGCCGUUAUGCUUGUGCAGGUCCUUCUGCUUACGCGUGGCAACGACAGGAACGCGCUGGAAAACGGCAUAUUCAAGCUGCUGAUCUCGCUGAAGCCGCACAUUUCUGUGGAGGAGGUGAUGCUGUGGAUGGCCGGACGAGGCCACGGGGCGUAG